GUGAAGCACAUAUACAGUGUGUACUUCUGGAAUAUGGCACAAGGUGAUUGGGCAAAGGCUCUAGUGGUUUUGAUACUCCUGUCUCACCUAAUGGACACUCACGAGGCCAGCGUUCACCGUCUUUGUGGUUUACACUUGGUGGAGGCUCUGCUCUUGGUGUGUGAAGGCAGAGGAUUUUACUACAGUCCUCAAAAAGGUUUAUAUGUGCACACAAGCCGCCUGAGGACCUUUCUAGAACGCGCCUCACAGAUGAACAACAAGAAGCUGGGCAUAGUGGAAAAGUGCUGUUACCGUACCUGCACUUAUUAUGACCUGGAGCAUUACUGUAAUCGAUAACACUGGUACAGAAAGAAGUGACAAGGCAACCAGCCUCCAUUGUGCUGAAAGGCAAACUGCACUGGAGAAUAAACCAGUAACACAAGCCACUGACAGCUCUGAGUGAUCACUUUGUUUUCACACCUGAGCUUUAGGCUUUGUGUUUGCCCACUUGUUGACAAAGGCGUCCAGCAAUUGUGCCCAAGGUGUUUUUAUGGAAUGUAAGAUGUUUCUGUUAUCUUCAAGGCUAAAAAACAACACAGAAAAGAAAGCUGGAGAGACUCUAAGGUUGAUGGCAGACACCUUGCUGUGCUACCUGUUGUUUACAGGACUGGAUUGGCCUACUAAAGGGGCAAUUUCAACCCAAAAAUGCAUCUCUUCUUUAUGAGAGCUGGCUGACAGUUGCCACCAACGGAAGGGAACAUGGACAAUAUUACACAUUCAUCAGCCAGUAGAAAAUUACUGGCAUGUUAUUAGCCUAUUAGUUAAUGUUAUUAAUACUGUACUGUACUGUAACAUAAUUUUCUGUUACAUUUGUGAAUAUUAAAUGAUUUAAAGCAGA